AUGGCCCAAGCGACCGCCAACGUUAUGUCUUCUCAGCUCCCCACCAUCCUGUUCACUCCGGGCGCCUGGCACCAGCCAUGGAUAUUCGACCAGGUGCGCGGCGACCUAGCCAAACGGGGCUACCCCACUGCGGUUGUGGCAUUGGCCAGCGUCGGCAGCACGGACGUGAACGUAGGGCUAGAUCAAGAUGCGGAAGUUGUUCGUGCCGAGCUGCAGGGACUUGCAGACGCAGGGCGCGAGGUCGUCGUGGUGGCGCACUCGUACGGUGGCGUCCCUGUUGCGAACGCUGUUGAGGGACUCAACUACAAAGACCGCAUUGCCCAGGAUAAAUCUGGCGGCGUACUCAUGAUUGUCUACAUGGCCUCCUUCGCUGUUCCAGCCGAGGAGAGUUUAGGUGACAAUGUGGGGUUGCAGCCGUGGUGGGAUGUCACGGACGGCUUCAUCUCACCUCGAGACCCAAAUUCAAUAUUUUACGGUGGUGUUGAGCCUUCGCUCGCUGCUAAGGCAGUCGCCGCCCUGUGUCCUCAGCCUGUCAAGCCGUUCCAAGACAAGUCCGGUUUUGAGCCUUGGAACGAGGGUUUCGAGAUGGGCUACAUCUUUACCGAGGACGACCAGGCUCUGCCCCUCGACAAGCAGAUUGACAUGUCAUCUCAGUUUCCUGCCAGUUCUUUCACUGCUACUCUUACUGCAAGCCACUCGCCUUUCCUCAGUGUGCCCGAAGCUCUUGGUAAAGUUAUCCAACAGGCUGCGCAAGUGGCAGUCGCAAGGAAGUCACGUUGA